AUGUCCCCAGGAUAUUCAUCGGCUAUGUUAAAGCCAAAACAUCCAUUCUCCAAUGUUGGAGGAUCAUAUCAAACACACAGUAAUUUACAAGCGCAUCCUCAAGAAUAUGUUGUUGGUGUUCCACCUAUAAAUACGGGAACUGUAGCUUCAACCUCCACGGGAAUGGCUGUACCACAACCUCCAUCAUCGCCACAACCACCACCUAUUCAAGCUAAUAUUCCACCUCCACCGCCACCUCCUUGUGCUCCCUCGUUGCCUACACACAUCAACAGUUUAGAAAAAGGAAAUUUACCCGGCAUCAAAGCAACUGGAAGUGGUGACCGCGGGGGACUGUUGCAGAGUAUUCAAGCUGGCACAAAGUUGAAAAAGGUCACCGAGUCUCGAGCACCUAUUCCUAAAGUGGAAAGUAACAGCAUGCGCGGAGCACUGGCACGAGCUUUAGACAACCGAGCUAAAGUCCUAGGAGACGAAGAUUCUGAUGAUGAUGACGAAUGGGAUGAUGACGACGAUGAUGAUUGGUCAGAUUAG